CGCUCAGUUCCAUUUCUACCUCUUCGCUCAUCACCUUCUUUCUCCUUGCCUCAGCAGGCACUAGCGCUUAUCACGGCACCCUCUCACGUCCUCCGCGCCCCGACUCGACUGGCAUGCUCUCGCACCUCCUCGCACUCCUUUCAUUCCUCUUCCGCUGCGCGCGAGCAAUUGUGCUCUUAUCCCUCGUGCUUCUAUCGGACGCGUUCGGCUUCCGUCCCGCCACCCGUGUUCUGACGCAGUGGGAGGAGUGGUUCCGCCGCCUCGAGCAUCACGGGGCCGAUUCUAACUGCUCUAAUCGCUCGUCAAGCCACUUAGGGGACGCACAAAACGCAAGGACUGCUGCUGACGGCUGUACAGGGGUCACAGGAACCACAGGGGUUGCUGACGGUAGCAGUCGGGUGACAGGUAGCGCAGGGCCGGCAGACGGCAGCGUCGCCAUGACGGCCAUGGCGCAUCGCCUCUGCGGCCGAUGUGUCUCCUCCUCCUCCGCCGCCCUCCCCGCAGCAUUUCCCGCCGCCAAAUCCGCCGCCUUCCCCGCCGCGACUCACGCUCUCCACUCACACCUAUCCACCACCGCCACCAGCACCAGCACCUCCGCUCCCUGCCGCCCUUCCCCCGCUGCGCUCCAUAACUCUCGCGCAAUGGCCAAUUACCCGCCGCCACGUGGCGCCAAGGCGUGGUGGUACCAGCCGUGGCUGGCGCACUCCGUCGUCACUGGUGCGCGCAGGCUGCUCCCCGGGGGGGGCGGGGGAGGCCUGGGGGGAGCGGGUGCGGGGGGAAGGCGCUACGUGGGGACGGUUCCGCCCGCGGCUGGAGGGAGGGGAGUGGGCAUGACGCGAUGCGAGGGGGGAGGGAGCAUGUACACGUGGCCGGAUAAGACGCGCCCGCGCGUGUGCAUUCUGGGCGGGGGCUUCGGGGGCCUGUACACGGCUUUAAGACUCGACUCGCUGCUGUGGACGGACGAGCAGCGCCCGCAGGUGCUGCUCGUGGACCAAUCGGAGCGCUUCGUGUUCAAGCCGCUGCUGUACGAGCUGCUCACUCAAGACGUGACUGUAUGGGAGAUAGCGCCCAAAUUCUCGGAGCUCCUUAGAAGCACGGGUGUGACGUUCCUGCAGGAUGGGGUGCAGGCAGUGGAUGUGGGCGGACACGUGGCAGAUGAUUCAGUGUCAGCGACAGGUGGACGCGUGCGAUUGGCUUCUGGUGUGGAGGUGGAGUAUGACUGGCUAGUGCUAGCGCUGGGCGCGCGAACCAACAUGGCCUUCGCUCCGGGGGCUAAGGGGCGAGCUCUGCCCUUCAGCACUCUGGACGAUGCCCUGGCGGUGGAUCGUCGUCUCUUGUUGCUGGAGAAGCGGUGGGAUGCAGCCAAGGGGGAAGGAGGGAGCACUCCCCCCCCUAUCCGUGUGGUGGUGGUGGGGGCGGGGUAUGCGGGGGUGGAGCUGGCGUGCACAGUGGCGGAGAGGCUUGGCGGGAGAGGGACGGUGGAGAUCGUCGACCCCGCUGCUGCCGUGUGCCCUGCUGCUGCCGCUGGCAACAGACGCGCUGCAGAGAGGGCCCUGAAGGAGAGGGGGGUGCAUCUGCGGCUGACCAGCAAGGUGACAAGCGUUGCUGAUGCUGCUCAAUCCUCAUCCCCCUCCUCCUUCUCAACCACUCACGCACAGUCAACACAACCAGAUACCACCCCCUCCCAUGCGGCUGACCCUUCCUCCUCAUCAUCGUCAUCUUCGGCCGACCCUUCUCCCUUCGCCGUUCCGGCUUCCCUCCUCAGCCUGGAGUCAGUGUCGCCCAGUAGCAGCAAGAAUCAAGUCGAGCAUCAAAUCGAGGCGGACAUUGUGCUCUGGACGGUGGGGAGCUCCCCGGUGCUUCCUGCUGUGGAUUCACCAGCACCAGCACCAGCAGCACCAGCAGCAGCAGCAGCAGCAGCAGCAGGGGAGGCAGUGUCACAGUGGUUACAGAGGACAGCAAGGGGGCAGGCGGACGUGGAGGAGAGCCUGCAAGUGAAGGGUCUCAAGAGGGUGUUUGCUCUUGGGGAUGCUGCAUGCGUGCUGGAUGGAAAUAGCCGGCCGCUGCCUGCCACAGCUCAGGUGGCAUUUCAGCAGGCAGAUUAUGUUGGGUGGAACAUUUGGGCAGCCAUCAACAAUCGUCCCCUGCUGCCCUUCAGGUACCAGCAUUUGGGCGAGCUGGUGCUGCUGGGAUCCAAGGAUGCUGCAGCGUCUGUCGGCUUCAUUGACGACUUCCUAAUCGAGGGGCGAGCAGCGCACACAGCACGCAAGCUAGCGUACCUGUACCGACUGCCGACCAACGAGCAUAGGGCACGAGUCGGGGUGAGCUGGCUGACACGUGCCAUUGUGGAUGGCAUCUCAGAGGCACAGAAUUUUAUAGCUGCUGCCACUAAUCCUCAAGCAGAGAGCAAAUGAGUGGUGAUUCUCUUUAUAAUUUUGGUACCUAUGUGUCGGUGCAGCUGGGUAACCCACUUGUGUACACAACACAUACCUACUUGUUGGUCCGUCAUGCAUGUGUACAAGCUGCUGCUGUAUUACAAAACCCAUAAGCACUACUGUAUGAGUGUGGAUAGAAGAC